CUUUUGGUCCGCGGCCCAGAGUCAGCUGACGUUCCUAUCACAAGCAAACUCAUUGGUCCUCCUGUGACCGUACGAUAUGUUGACUGUGCUUCGGAGCACGGUGGCAGCGUUCCUUGUUCAGAUCGCAGUCGUCGGCGUCGGCUCCCAAACCGAUGCACCAGGACUGCGGUCGGCAACAGGGGUUUACCUUCCAGAGUCCGCUGACGAGGAUACGAACCAGUCAAAGCGAGGCUACGGUCUACCUUGUACACGAGACAACGAUUGUUUCGUAAGCCGAGGUUUAGCGUGCCGCGACCUUCGUUGUAAUUGCUCGGCUUUGACACCCGUUCAUAUCAAAGACAAGGGAACCUGCCUUCCAGCUAAGGCGAUGUACGAAGCGUGCAUGUACAACGAAGAAUGCGCUAAAGGCAGCGCCAACCUUCUUUGCCUGGACUACCUCUGUUACUGCCCCUUCCCGUACGUUCUCAAAGACAAUAGCCAAUGUGUUGCGUCGCCACCUCCACUUUUGCGAACGCUCCUGGCUGUGGUACCUACAGCCUCCCUCGUAUUUAUCGCCUGCUUCAUUGUCGGAGCGUACGCUUGCAAGAAGCUUUCUGAAAGACACGAAGACACUGGUGCUACAUUAGAGGAAGGCAACAGCGACAAGGUACCAACACGGCCUCAAUGGGCAGUUCGGUCUCUGGGGGACCGCACAGACAGCACUGCUAUAAAACUCGAGAACACGAAUCUUGACGCCAUUCAUGAUCGAUUCUUGCGGUUCACGAGGGGUAACCCCUACCGGCAGCAUGCACCUGAAGACAAAUCAUGGGGUUCUAAGCGUCCUCCCCGCUUUAUACGCACUCCAUCGACGCUCGAGAAUAACUCUACAGCUGGUGCGGUGUUCCCGAUCACGCUCUGGAGCAGCUCUGAAGACAUCAGUGCGGUGCACAGGAUAACGCCGGAUACAAAAAAGAAGCAAGUCUUUUCAACGCCAGGACGAAGGUCCCCUGAGGACGGCUCGGAGAAACUAUUGGAUCCCACAACCAACAUCAUGGAAGGAGAUCUGACAGAGGAUCAGAACAAGAACGGCGAAUCUGAAUUGAACGUUCUCAACGAGAGAAGCAAAAGGAAGCAGAAAAAUCCCGAUGGAUCUGAAGAGCUCCAGUGGCAAGAGACGCCAAGUGGGCAAGCUGACGACAGCUACGUUGUUGAACCGAUGGCGUCCUUUCUGAGAGACAGUCUACUGAAGAGGUCGAGAACGCAACGUAAGGUGCAGAUGACGUUGGAAUGUCACAACGGUAAAGUUCCCAGUCCCCAGGCGCAAAAAGUCCAGAAGAUCAAAGCCAUCCCAGACGUGGCUGAACACGACGCCCAGAAACCGCUGACGAGCCUCUUUGAACGUAGCCGGAGGAAUAUUGACGCGGGCAACGUUCGGUUCCAGUUGCAGCUUCCAAGAAGCCUCAAGCCAGCCAACCCUUUCGCGAAAGACUAUUCACCGGCUGUGGCACGUGUCAGCCCUUUCAGUUGGACGGACGAUGUACUUCCAGAGUCUGAGUCCGUGGCACUGUCUUUCGUAUCGUCGAUGUCGAGCCACGAGGUUCUGCCAAAACCAGACAUUCAAAUGUCGCUGCUCAAAGCGAACCCUUUCAAGCAGAAUGACCCGGAUGCCGUACCAAGAUUCAGCGCUGCUCUGUGGAGCAUCAGUUCACAAGAGGAAGAUAAGAGUGGGGCUAGUUCUGGGCGCAGGCAUCGACGCGGUCCAACGCAACAAGGAAAAGAAUCUGGCUCGGAUACGUCAGAGUCAGUGCAGGAUCUGAGAAUAAAACUAAUUAGCUCCAUCUGCAAACCAAUUAGUGUCUCGCCGGUUGGGACUUCAAAUGCCACCAAACCUUUCAGUCCAACGAGCGCGGUUAACGACAUUGGGAGUCCAUCGACGUCUAAGAAAGGCAAGGAGCUGUCAUCUAGCGGGGAGAGUGCGCAAAAUAUUUCAAUGCACAAAGAUGCAAUAGACGACCAGCCAACUGCACACACCACGAGAAUCGGUUCUCCGAAGACUGACAAAACAUCGAGUGACCUACCACAGGAAGGAGCAGGCGUGGGGAGCAAGACUGGAUUUCAGAAGCGAGGUCUGUCACCACCACCGCAAGACAUCUACAUCGCCAUGGUUCGGCCGGGAUCGGCAGUCAUGGGCAAGCCUUCAGGAACGCUGAAGAGGCUUCAAAGGAAGAAGUCUGCGGCGGCUUCCAAGACGAAAGAGGUCUGCAAGAUCAUUUCACCUUCAGUACCGAAGGAAAAAAGGUCCGGGAAAGAAGACAAGCAGAACCAUUCGGAGAGGAAGGGUACCGGAAGGCGCGUCACACGUAGUCUUGGCUCAAGGGAGGACAAUUAUAUGGAAGCGGCAACGAAGAUGAUGGUAGCGAUGAUGGGAAACGAACAUUACAGACGCGAACGAAGCCACCUUCGCCAAAGCAUAACGGCAGGACUGGACGAGAACAAGCCUCCAGUUAUCGUCGGCGUUGCCCUGGAUGAGGCUCAGUACAUCCUCCAGUACGAUGUCAACCUCCAACAACAGCCGGAUCAGGCUACUGGCCGACGCAGGUCUGCGACGGAAUGGAGGCAUUCUCCACGGCCUGGUACAGCUGAGUCCCAAGUGUUUGUCACCAGGAAGACAACGGCAAUUUCCAACGUGUCUCCCUGCUUCAUCGACUCGCUGAUGUCGAGGGAAGACGUCCAGGUUACUCCCUUACCGCUAAAAGACAUCAUCAAGCUGCAGCACCCUCAGGUACCUCCAAUGGUGAUGAUGCCUCUACGAAAAGGGAACAACAUUCCGAGACGUGUGCCACUACCCACUGUCAACGAAAGUAGUACCAGCGUCAAUAUCAUUGCGGACGCCGAUAUCAUCACCGCGUCGAGCUCAGCGGUCCAGGAGGUCUCGCAGCGGGAUUAUAAAGCAGAAGAGCCCAAUACGAAUUCGCCGAUGCCCAAACCGCGCCUGACACCACUGCACGCUUCGCUGUCCAGGGAAAUGUCAACAGAAGACACAUCUUCAACGACAGCUCCACCUACAGACAGGCGCCAAGUGUUGGAAGCAGUUCCUGUACCGUUCAGACGCAACGUGACAUGCAAAGAGCCUGCAGAGCAAUCCGCUCCUGACAGCGCUGAAAGUGUUCGCGUCAUGCAGGUCGACCCCCAGCGUGGUCUUGAGGCAAUCCAGGGCACACAUACACCCCCGUCAAGCACGACAAACAUCGGCGACAGCCGUGAUGUUCAUAUGUCUCCUACUCGGAAAGACACCAGGAAGGGCAGCCCAUUGAAACUGGAGAUGGUAUUGGUGGCAGAACUGGAUGAUGUGGAGAAGCAGGCGUCGCCCAACUCUUCUCAGCGUCGCAGACAGUCUCUAGGCCGCCUAGAGGAUGAGGAUCCGUCAUCGCUGAGUGGGCUACCAAACACGAUGGGUUCCUGCUCAACACUUGAAACCACAGAUGAGCGGGUAUCGGACCGGAUGACGCGACCCAUUCGCUAUUGGUCCGAACCCCAUCGACUACCUCGAAGUGUAUUCAUAGCACGAAAACAAUUUUCGGAACCAAUACGAACACGACUAGACAUUAUUCCUGAAGCCCUCGACGAGACCCUGGCGUCUACGACGACAUUGAGCUCUGCUCAGUCUGACUAUCCAACCUCAUCGGAAGACUUCACGACGGGUACAGAGUCUUAUGCUGAAGACACUCAACCGACUUUCAGUACUCCGCUUCAAUACGCCGAAACCGUGCGGAGCGACCCGGUGCAGGUGCCUCCAGUACCGUUGCCGAGAGAAAGUAGCCGUCAUCCUGAACCCAGGCCUCGUUCUACUUCGGCUCUUCGAGAAAAACUUCGAAAAAUAGGGGUCAGAGUCCUCGAGCACCCGUUCUGUUUUCAGCCCUUUGCUAGUAAGGCGAGGGCUGAACCGGAAGACAGCAUUCCCGUUGUCAACAUUGAACCGCCAACCAGUGAUAUUAACAGCGUGCGAACAUUGAAGAGGGUGUUUGAAGACAGGCCGUCCCAGAGACACCUGGGACGACAUAGCACUCGCGCUGUUCCUAGGCCGCGCAAGACAAGGACAAAGGAGCGCAUGGAAGCUUCCAAGGAGACAUCGGAGGCAAAUAUUAUAGCUAGCCAGUGUCCAAGCACAUCCCGUUCCUCUUCAUUGGUGGGCCGAAGGAUCCGCGCAUUCCAGGACAUUGCUGGCAGAAGCAUCCCUAGGAGGCGUUCGAACAGGGAAACCCCAGCAACCACUGCGCUAACAGGAACAGUAACCACUGCGCCUGUCCAAGGCGAUGCGACCGGAGAGGCAAGGACGUGGACUGCCAGUAAUUCUCCGUCGCAAGAAGUGACGAGUGCGCUUCCUGAAGGUUGGGCUCCGGACGUGUCCCUAGUGUCCGCUCCACAGCUGCCCAGACGACAAAGGAAGAUGGGUCCGAAAGGCAGCGCUGAGGCGAUGGCGAAGAGUGAGUACACAGGGUGUGAAAGCAAGACAAAACGAAAGGUCCACGCAGGCGGGCGACACGAGGUACCCAGGCCUUUGCCCAGACUCCUGUCGCGUGCUGCAACCAGCAGGGAGCAACCGGAGUCGUCGUCCUCUUUCUCGGUACAAGAUGCCAGCGCAGUAGACUCCCUCUUCGCCGUAACGUCGACGGAGUUCGAACGCCGUCAGCUCAACUCGUUCCAUUCGUUUGACGGUGUAAAAUCGUCCUGCUCGAAGCUGUCACGCCACACCAGCGGAACGAACUCUUCAGAAUCUGAAUGGUACUCGUGUACCUCCACGGAUUCCGACGAGUGCCAUUAGCCGGACGAAAUAUAUUAAUAUAUCUGAUGUGAAUGGAC